AUGCUCAAGUCCAUUGCAUUGCUGGCUCUUGCCGGCGCUGCUAGUGCGGCAUCUCUCAAGGAUGUCAAGCAUGUCAUCAUGUUGAUGAUGGAAAACCGUUCAUUUCAGCACUACUUCGGUACUAUGUCUGGUGUCCGUGGCUUUGCCGAUCCGAAUGUACAGAUCAACCCCGAUGGUCGAUCUGUUUGGUACCAGAAUGUUACUGGUCUUUCAAAUGAGACUGAUUGGCUUCUUCCCUACUGGUUGAACUAUCUCGGUGGAGAGGAGAACUAUAACAAGAGCCAGUGCCUUUGUGCCGGUCCUAACAACUGGAUCCCGACUCAUCAGGCCCUGAAUGGUGGCCUUAAUAACAUGUGGGCUCAAGUCUCAACCCCGCAAUCCUGGGGCUACUUCAAACGCCCGGAUAUCCCGUACCAUUUUGCUCUUGCGGAUGCAUACACUGUUGGAGAUGCUUAUCCUGCCAGUAUUACUUCCAACACUGAUCCCAAUAGAUGGUUCUGGCAGUCUGGAUCCAUCAACGUGCCUGGAGGGUACCAGGAACUUGGUGCUGGUGGUGUUGUCUUAGAUGAUAACCAGAGCAACACAUGCGAAGGCACUGACCUAAACUGUGUCCCACUCAAGUGGCCCGCCUAUGCUCAGUAUCUUGAUGAAGCCGGUGUCGAUUGGCGUUCUUUCCAAAACUCUUAUGACUGGGCUACCAACAACGGUCUUUUCUACUUUGAGGCCUUCCAACAAGCUGCGCAGAACUCUAGCUUGUAUCAGCGAGGUCUGGUUUUCGACGGGGAUAACAGUUUGGACGCUUUCAAAAGCUCUGCUGCUAAUGGUGCCCUUCCCACGGUCAGCUGGGUCUUCCCACCUGGUUCCUUGCAAGAACACUCUCCCCACGCACCUAACGAUGGUGCGUGGUUCAUCAACCAGGUAGUGGAUGCCGCCAUUCAUGGUAAAAACUAUGAUGGUACUGUAAUCCUACUCAACUAUGACGAGGCCGGUGGCUGGGGCGAUGCCGUUUCGCCUCUGAUCUCUCCCAAUGGAACCAAGGGAGAAUGGUUUGAGGAUCCAUAUGGAGAGUUAGGUUAUACCUUCUCUGGCCCUGGCAUCCGUAUCCCCCUGAUGAUUAUCUCUCCAUUUACCCGUGGUGGUCAUGUUUUUACAGAACGUGGAGAUCAUUCCUCGAUCAUCCAGUUUCUCGAACAAUUUCUCAUAGCCAAGGGAUAUAAUAACAUUACUACGCCUCAGCUGUCCAGCUGGAGACGUGAACACAUGUCUAAUCUCCUCAACGCAUUCGAUUUCGAGAACCCCGACUAUAGCAUCCCCGUCCUUCCCACUCCAAACACCCCCAUGGCAAACUCUAAUGGUCAACUCAUCGGCCUUUACACCGGCCUCUGCUCCAAGGAAUGGACUGGCUCUUGUUCGGGAAGUGAGUAUGUUUCAGGCGUCCCUUACGGCAACCAGACCGAGGAAGAAGCGCUCUACUUUGAAGACGGUUUCAAGGGUGUACGUGGAUACUUGACCGAGGGACGAUACCUUGUCUUCGAAGUCAAUGGCUAUGCCCUGACCAACACCGGACAUAACAACAGAUGGCUGACGGCGACCCGGGCUUCUUCCUCCCAUAACGAUAUCCACCAGCGCUGGGUUCUUCAUGCCCUUCAGGCAGAAGGAACUACUUUCAGGGUCACUAGUGCCGUUGACAGCAGAUAUAUUACCCCAGGUUCCACCCUCUCGACUUCAUUGAAGGGCGCAGAAGUCUAUAACAUCACCUACCUCGGGGACAGCAAAUAUGCUAUACAGCUGGAAAAUGGUCACUAUUUGAGCAUUAACAUUCAUGGAGGGGUUACGACUUCAAGAACCCCAGUUGGAUUCAAUAUUUACAGUGUCACCUACCAUAAUUAA